UUAUUCCAUGGCUUUAUAAUCUUCCACCAAAUGACAAGCAUUAUUAUCCUCUUUACGUAAAAUGUAUUGAAUUAGAUAUUCCAUUUUUUACACAAGUUGGACACACAGGACCAUUAUGUCCAUCGGAAACAGGAAGACCAAUUCCUUAUAUUGAUGAAAUCGCACUUACAUUUCCUCAAUUAAAAAUUGUUGGAGGGCAUAUUGGUUAUCCUUGGACAACUGAAAUGAUUAGUGUUUGUUGGAAGCAUCCUAAUGUAUACAUCGAUACUUCGGCAUACCUUCCUCGUUAUUAUCCACAAGAACUUAUUCAUUAUAUGAGUACAUAUGGUCAAGACAAAGUUUGUUAUGGUACAAAUUUUCCUCAACUUGGUUGGAAAGAUACAAUGAAACAAGUAAAUGAAUUAGGAUUAAGUGAUCAAAUUAAAGACAAAUUUUUGUAUAAAAAUAUGGCAAAACUGCUUAAAUUAGAAAACAAGGCAAAAUUAUAA